AUGACUUCGCGCUCAAAAUCUGCAGAUAGAGGCCCCAGAAAAGGCUGUUGGAAGAUCCAGGACAAGAAUUCUGAGGAGCAGGAGCCCGCCGUCAUCACUUUAGCCGGUACAGGCUGCUACGGCUAUGCUGAUGGACCUGGGAAGACUGCGUGUUUUGCAAAUCCUGAAGGCAUCGCCGUGGACCAUGAGGGCAACGUAAUCGUGGCAGACACGGGGAACCUGCGAAUUCGGAAGGUGGGACCGGAGACAUUCAACGACCCAGAGGGGGUGGCACUGGAUCAGGAUGGAAAUUUGAUAAUUGCAGACGCUGCGAACCACUGUGUUCGUAAAGUGCUCAUCAACCGGGCGGUGGACCGCGUCGUCCUCACGCUGAGUGGAAGUGGUGAACCCGGUUUCAGCGAUGGCCCGUGCAAAGAUGCUUGCUUUAACGAUCCCAAGGACGUGGCUAUCGAUAGGAAUGGUGACAUCAUCGUGGCAGACACCAGUAACCAUCGGAUACGGAAGAUUUCUCAAGGUGUGGUGAGUACCUUAGCAGGUUCUGGGACGGCCGGGUUUCAGGACGGUCUUGGAACCAACGCAACAUUCGCUGAUCCGGAGUCUGUGGCCAUUGACCUGGAAGGAAAUGUUGUGGUUGCGGAUACGAAUAAUCACAGCAUACGCAAGAUCAGUCCGGAUGGGGAGGUUACAACACUUGCUGGCAAUGGCCUCGAAGGCUAUGUUGAUGGCCUCGGAACCGAGGCCAGAUUCCAUUGCCCAGAGGGGCUGGCAGUGGAUGGCGAUGGGAAUGUCAUUGUGGCAGACACAGAAAACCACCGCAUCCGCAAGAUCCAGCCUGACGGACAGGUGAGCACGAUUGUCGGUGGAGAUAUGGGCUUCGCUGACGGAGCAUUAGAGACUGCAAGAUUCCAUACCCCCACGGACGUGGCAGUGGAUGGUGAGGGCAAGAUUAUCGUGCUAGACUACUCCAAUUUCAGGAUUCGUUUGGUGUUCGCGGGUUUGCAGCCGCCUAACAACGUGGGCUCUGUGGGAGUGCUCCUGCAGCCGCCAUCAUCUUUCAGACGGGAUAUGUUGCGCAUGCUUUCAGAUCCCGCACUGUCCGACAUCAGCUUCGCAGUUGAUGGCGAGGUUGUCUCUGCAUGCCGGGCCUUGAUAAUGGCAAGGUCCGAGUACUUUUACACUAUGUUGAACUCGGAAUUCAUUGAGGCCAAGCAAAACGGCCCAAUCCCAAUCCAGGAUACCACGAAGGAGGCUUUUUCUGCAGUGCUACAGUACCUAUACACUGAUGAGGUUGAUCUGACUGACAGCAAUGUACUGGACGUCUUGCGCUUGGCUCACCGGUGUCACUUGACCCGGUUGUGCCGCGAGUGCUGCGUUUAUGUUCGCCGAACGUUGAACGUGCACAACGCUGUGUCCUGGUGGAUUGCUGCCAAGGACCUUUUCAUGGAGGAUGUGACAGAGCAGGCUUUUGACUUUGUGAAGCAGAAUUUCAAGAGCAUCCGCGGCACUGCGCCAACGACUCUAUGCUUGCUUGACAGCCGCCCAGAACUCAUGAAGGACUUGCUGAUGAACUUGCCCAUGUAA